AGAAUGACAGCGACCCAUAAAUGUUUAUCCAAAAAUUGAACACAAUUCUCCCUACUAAAACCCCACACCUUCUGUUUCGUUUCGUUUGUUUCCUUUUCAUUGCCUCUUCAGUCUUCACCUCUUGAUUUGUGGGUUUUUGUAUACGAAGGUUUUUUUUUUUGGAUUUCUCUCUGCAACUGGAUUCGGCUAAAUUUGAGGUUUGAGCUUUAAAGGUUUUUGUUGCUGGAAAAAUGAGCUCUUGUAGUUGGUUAUAAAUUGAAAAUUAAGUUGUUUAUUUGGGGUUCUCGUUCUGAUUCUUGAUUUAAAUUUAUGUUACAAUUGGUUACGAAGAUCGUUUUGGUUUCUUGAUCAUUGGGUUUUCAUUUUCUUUGUUGUAAGAAUCCUGGGGUUAUGAUUUUGAUCACACAUUAAAACGAAGUAGGUGAAGGGUUUUUAUCAAUUGGUUUCCUAUUGAUAAGGUAGGUUUUGGUUUGAAGGCUUUUGUUGUUCGUCUAUUUGUACUUGGUUUAUGUUGGAGAAAAGGAGGAGAUAAGAAACUUAAUCUUGUGCGUGAUCAGAUGGGCUCAUCUGGUUUCCUUUUGAUAUGUAUGCUUCAUUCUUUGAUAGCUCUAACCUGUGGAGCUCUGAUGAUGUUUUACACAAAUGAGGUGUCCGUGUUUGGCCAUGGCAUUGAGGUAGCUUCUAAGCUGAAAGGAUCGACACCCCAUGACCAGCUCUUGAUCCAAACGUCUGAUUCCUUUUCUGGGUUGCUUUUGUUUGCCAUUGGUUUCCUGUUGUUCAUGGUCGCAUUUGUCAAGGAUAGAGAAUUCCAAAGCUUUUUUGCAAAGGGUUGUGUGCUGAUUCAUGUUUCAGUGGCCUUUUGGAGAAUUUACUUUGAGUGGAAGCUUGAAGAUCUAGCUCGUGAUUUACCAAGGCAGGUUGUGGGUGAUAUUGCAUUGGCUCUUUCCUGGGUUUUCUUUCUUGUUUACUCAUGGAGAGAGAAGUAUGAUUAGCAAUAACACAAUUGUUGUGCCGUGGAAAGGCCUUGCUGAACUUGAUCAGGCUCUGGGCUUCUUUAGAAUAAAUUUCAGCUGGAAUUGGUCCAGAAAUCUGGGUUUUCCCAGGUGGGAUCUUUGGCUGUUUGUUGCAGAUUGCUGAGUGAAUCUGGAACUAAAGAAGAAUUGGAGGCAAACCAUAGAUAAGAUUUUGCUUAUGAGAUCUUGAAAAUGUUCGAGUUGAAGGAAAGUGAAGAUGGCCAGAUGGGAUCUGCUGUUGGCAUAUUUGCUUUCAUUUGAAUCUUUACUUUGAUGUUUAGCUAAUGUCACCAAUCUCUGAACUUCUCACUAAAUCGACCCUAUCCCUGUAUAUUUGAUGAUGAGAAAUGUGAAUUCAGAAAUUUUAUUCGUUUGCUGCC